AUGCGGGGUGAUCCGUCCUCGGCACUACUGGAAGUGUUGGAUCCGGAGCAGAACAACAGCUUCCGCGACCACUAUCUCGAUGUGCCGGUGGACCUCUCCAACAUCCUCUUCCUGAGCACGGCGAACGUCCUGGAGACCAUCCCAACGCCACUCUUAGAUCGGAUGGAAGUCAUUCGAAUUGCCGGCUACGUGUUUGAGGAGAAGCUCGUGAUUGCCAACAAGUACUUGAUCCCCCAGACGGAGGAGCAGAGCGGUGUCGGUACGGAGCGGAUCCAAAUGCAGGAGGAUGCUCUCCACAAGAUGAUCAAGGACUACGCCCGUGAGGCUGGCGUGCGCAACUUGCGACAGCUGCUGGAAAAGGUCAGCCGCAAGGUGGCGCUUGACCUCGUAAGGCAGCAGAAGGCGAACCCCUCCAACGAGCAG